AUGUCGUCCCGGCCAUCAGCAAGCGUCUCUCCGAGAAGAAGACCACUUCAUGAACGCACUCCAUCACAGACAAACUCGGGCGAGGUCUCGCCCGGCCGAAGAGGGAAAAGAAGAGACGAGAUUGAUUUUUAUUCCUCCACACCAUAUCCCACCAAACCAGCUCAGGUCCUCUUACCGUGUCCUGGGAUUGGUCAAGAUUAUGCGCUUCACGGCGCUUAUGGGGUUUCAGAUGUAUCUUUAAUCUCGACUGAAACAGAUCAUACGGCAACGGGGCCAAUUAAUGUUGUGGAUCAUGAGGUGGAGCAGCGACAUCGCGAUGUUAGUGUAACCAGCAAUACGUGGGAUUUUUCGUCGUCGGUGGAUUUGGCGCAUUCGUCUCAAGUUUGGGAUAAUGAUCCGAAGUCUAGCCAGUCGUCAUUUCCUACGCCAUUGAUACCUUCGGACGAUGAAGCUUUUGGUGGUGAAUAUAAGGAUAAGACGGUAUCUGAAUUCGAAGCCCUCGAAGCAAUCAGCCGACCGAGCCAUGAGGAUGGGUUAUAUAGCAGCUAUAUUUCUGACCCAUCUGACAUUUUAAGACAAGACGACGACCACGCCACUGAUGAAGAUGAGGAUACAAUUCCCCUACCACGACCUCAUAGGACUUCAAUCAAGCCUGUACUACCAGGCAGCUCAUCUCCAAAUGCGCCAGCCGAAGACUAUUCAUCGUCUACAGAGAACUUUGUCACCUAUGACCACACAUCAAGCCCUAACGUGGUGCCGAUUGGUGCGCCCUCGAGUCCGAAUUUCGUCUCACUAGGAAGCUCAAGUCCAAACCUAGUCGCGUACGGAAGCUCGUCACCAGUGGCUGGUGGAAUGACCAAACGCUCGGACUCAACAUCCUCAUCUUCUAAUUCUUUGGGCACAGUCAUCCACCACACAUACAAUAAUGCCACGGGCUGGCCGCCUUUGUCGGAAGGGGUUUCAUCACAACCUGCAUCAUUCACCUCGAGUCCACCCGAGCAGCUUCUUCGAGGGUAUCAGUCAGCUUCAUCCUUGGCACUGUCCAGCGGCGAAACAAAUUUAUCGCGACCCAGAACUACGUCUACAGGCAGUGGGCUGUCUGAAAAAUCGCUGACUGAUACGGCGUCGGCGUUAAUUCAAUAUCCUCAAAUUCGUACUCCAUCAUAUGCAAGCUCUUAUGCUGAAUCCGUGGCAUCACAAAUCCGACGUCCAGCACGAGCCAUGUCAGACCGUUCAGUCACACGAUGGAACCCGACCCUGUCGACAGUUCCUGCUCAAUCUGUGGCAGACACUCCUGUAGGUGACAGCGAGAAGAAACAAGGUCUCGGAUUAAUGAACCCUGGCAAAUCUGCAUCUACAAUCUGGCCCGUCGAGGAAAACGAUGAACAUCUCGACAGUCUAUCAAACUUGCCACGAUCAACACUACGCCACAUUCCAUCCUCGCUCAUCGGCACAGAAUCACGACCGGGGUCUAGUUCGAGUAUGAAUGGCUUUUUAAAUGUUCUCCCCAACUGGGUUCGAUUAUACUAUCGCGGCAAUAACGGACAACUUGUUCAAACUAAUGCCAUGUCGAUAUUUGAGUCUAGUCGCCCUUCAACCGCGGCCUCUCGACCGCCGACUCCUCAUAAAUAUAUCAGCCAGAAUCCAAAUCCUACAGGAGGUGUUUCUCGUCCGCGAAAUCGUCCUUCGAAUGAGAAAAUAGUCCCGGCUCCUCUGCGGCUAGUGUCUGAUCACCCAGCUGAUCCGCGCAGUCACUGGAAACCAACCCCAGAGGAACAAAGACAGAAAGAACGAGAACAAAUCGAGCAAUCGACCGAAGCUGCCGCCGCAGACUACUCUGCUCGCCGCCCCUUCGCAAAGGCAUCUUCACCGCACCUGCAUCCAGACAAAUGCCACCCCAACCCUCGCUAUACUUGGGUAGCACCAUCCCUCGACUCACGACAAGAACCAACCUUGGGAUUACGUAACGUUCAAAAAUACGCAUUCUGUCUCGGAUUCGCGUUUCCACUAAUCUGGCUCAUUGCUGCGUUCCUACCUCUUCCUCCACAGCCAAGUCCCAUGGACGAAGAGCAGAAUGUGGUGGUGGUGGCUCAACCUGGCGCCCAGUACAGGAUUGAGCAGUACGAGAAGAAACGAUAUUAUAAUGCGCGGUGGUGGAGGAAUGUGAAUCGGGUGAUGAUACCCGUAGGUAUUGCUAUUAUGACCACCAUUAUUGUCCUAGCAACCGUUGGCACGACAAUUGGCUUCUAG